AUGCUUAAAUCGUAUAAGAAUGCAGAACAAGAAACUGAAGCGUAUUCGGAAUGUCAUACCAGAAGUGCUCAGAGGGUGUUGAAAGCUUUGCUUGCAAAUGGAGGCGUUUUCAUCAAAAUGGGCCAACAUAUCGCGUCUUUGGUGGUCCUACCCGUUGAGUGGACAAGUACAAUGAAGGUGUUACAAGACAAAUGUGAACCCACACAAUACGAAGCACUGGAGGCACUUUUUCUUAGCGACAUGGGGGAACCUAUCUCAGAAAUUUUUGAUGACUUUGACCCAGAACCGAUUGGUGUAGCCAGCUUGGCACAGGUGCAUAUAGGACGACAUAAAGCAUCAGGAAAAACUGUUGCAGUGAAGCAUCCUCAUUUGGCAGAGUUUUGCGAUGUCGACAUGGAAAUGGUCGAUGCUACUCUUGGAUGGAUCAAGUACUGGUUUCCGGAUUUCGAAUUUACCUGGUUAGGGGAAGAGAUGAGGACCAAUCUGCCUAAGGAAAUGGACUUUGUUCAUGAAGCAAACAAUGCUGCUCGAACGAAAGUCGAAUUUGCAUGUGUGCGGACUUCUUUGUAUAUCCCUGAAGUAGUUCUGGCAACGAAAAGGGUAUUAAUCAUGGAAUACAUAAAAGGAGGACGCGUAGAUGAUUUGAAAUAUCUUUCUGCUUGUGAUAUCGACCGCAACAAGGUGGCUGUUGAACUCUCUAGGAUAUUCAAUCAAAUGGUGUUUGUCAAUGGGUGGUUUCAUGCGGAUCCCCACCCUGGGAAUUUGUUGAUUAGACCGAAGGUUGCAGGUUCCAAAUCCCCGUACAACUUCGAAAUUGUCCUCUUGGAUCACGGUCUCUACUUCGAUAUGGAAUCAAAACUGCGCGUGAACUACAGUAAACUUUGGCUAUCGCUAAUGGCGCCGGCUUCUGAAUCUACCAUUUCUGACCGACGGAAACUUGCAGAGCUAGUGGGCAACAUUGGUCCUGACUUGUACCCUGUGUUUGAGGCAGCUUUGACCGGUAGGGUGGCAUUGGAGGGGAGCUGGGAUGAACAGAAUGAUGUCUCCUUUCAACGGGCAUCCAGUUUAAUCGACAUGGUCCCACAAACAGAAGAAGAAAAGGAUGCCAUCCGAGCCGCUGUUAUGCAAAAAGAGGGUGUAUUGCUAUCUGUUUUUGAUGUCCUGCGGCGCAUUCCAAGGAGAGUGCUCAUGGUCCUGAAACUCAACGAUUUGACAAGGAGCCUUGACCAUGCUCUAAAGACAACUCAUUCAAACGUUCGGAUAUUCCUUGUGACUGCCAAGUAUUGUAGCGCUGGUCUCUUGUCUCUGAGUCUCCUUACGGACUAUUUUUCGUGUUGGUGGAGAUAUCAGCGUGCCUACUUGGAAUUGUCUAUGGUAGAGUCGCUGAUGGAUCUUCAGGCGUAUUACAAGAGACAAAAAGCGUGGUUUUAUGGCUUAUGGCGGAGAGGUCUUAGAGGGGCACACGACGCAUCAUUUGGAUUACCAUAUUCCUUCAAUUCAGAUAAUUCAAUAGUACAACAUCAGCAUUAA